CUCCAUUUUCGACAGAGAGAAAAAAAUCAGUGAGGCAAUCAGUAAACAAGAGUGCUUUUUUUUACAUUUUCGUUUAAUUCCCCCCCUUUCUACUGCUCCCCGCUUCUUGGAUCCCUUUCUGUCAUCCUCUGUCUUUCAAAUUUAAGGGUUUGCGUUUUUUAUUUUUAAAAUCAAACCUUAAUUUGGGCGAAUUUCAGUUUUUGAAAGCCAGGUGAUUUUCAGAAUAGAGAUCUUUUUAGUAAAGUUUGGAUUUUUUUAGUGAUUCUGAUCUAAUCAGUGAGGGUUUGUUUUUGUGUCCCCCACCUGUUUGAUCAUUUGCCUGUGUAGAAAAAUCCCCUGUUUUUUCGGUUUUGGUUUAAAAACAGGUUCUUUUUCUUUAAUUUGUAGAAAUUUGUAGCUUUGUUUUUCAGAUUAUCGAUGGCGGCAGCUCUGGAUUAUUACGGUUGUAGCAGUUUCUCCUCAGAUCCGUUGAGGGAAGAGCUUAUGCAAGCACUUCAGCCUUUUAUGAAAAGUGCUUCUUCUUCUCCUUCUCCUUCUCCUUCUUCUUCAUAUUCUUCCCCUUCUUCUUCAGAUCUCUUUCUCUCCCCUUCUCCUUCCACCUCCGAUUCAAAUCUUUACUCUGGUUUCGGCUCAAUUCCUUCAAGAGACGCCACAGUUGGUUUGAAUCAACUCACCCCAUCUCAAAUCUAUCAAAUCCAAGCUCAAUUCCACCUCCAACAACAGCAGCAACAGCAGCAGCAGUUGCUCAAUUACCGUUUCACCCAAUUGCAGCAGAGCAGCCCGUUCUCGAGCUUUCUCGGCCCGAAGCCCGUCCCGAUGAAGCAGACCGGAGCUCCCUCGAAGGCGAUCAAGCUCUACCGGGGAGUGAGGCAGCGCCACUGGGGCAAAUGGGUGGCCGAGAUCAGACUCCCCAAGAACCGCACCCGUCUCUGGCUCGGCACCUUCGACACGGCCGAGGACGCCGCCCUGGCCUACGACAAGGCCGCCUACAAGCUCCGUGGCGAGUUCGCGCGCCUCAACUUCCCGCACCUCCGCCACCAGCUCGCCCGGGACUCCGAUUUCAAGCCCCUCCAGUCGUCCGUCGAUGCCAAGCUCCAGGCCAUCUGCGAGAAUCUCGCAGCCAAUCCUCCGAAACAGGGGAGCUCGAAGAAAUCCGCCGAUCAAAAGGCUCGAUCGGCCCCGGAUCAGUCCGAGGCUGUGAAGGUGGAGGCCGCGACGCCAUCGUCUCCGUCGCCCUCGGACGAGACGUCGUCGUCUUCAUCGCCCGAGUCAGAUGUGACGUUUGUGGAGCCGUUGUUCGACGGUGGAUUCGAGGAUUUCUUGCUGCAGAAGUACCCAUCGGUGGAGAUUGAUUGGGCGUCUCUGUGAUUUAGUUGUUUGGUUGUUAGUUGAGGUUGUUUUGUUGGUUAAGAAAGUGGCAUCUGCAGUGGAUUUUUAGACAUGUGCAGAUGGCCUAGUACUACCUAAGUAGUAGUGUCUUUGUUUAGUAUACUAGAUAGGAUGCUCUUCUUCUCAUCUCUUGAUCAGCUGGUUGUUUUUUGUUCCAUGCCUUGAUCAUGAGAUGUCUUCUGUAUUUCUAGUUUUCUACCUUGUACUACUUGUCUCUUUGUUUGUAUAAUAUCUAUCUUCCAUCUUUAA